AUGAGCAGGAUUGCUUUAUUCAAGAGGAGAAAGCAAUCGACACCAAAAUAUCCCGCAAGCGUUAAGCAGAAGCUACUUGUAUGUGUCACUCGUUGCUUCAGAGUUCAGACAAUACCUUUUCUUGGACGAAACGCGUGGCUUCUUCCACCAAUACAGUCAACCCUCCGUACCCCACCACCACCGUCCUUACUACCAGUAUACUAUACAACCUACUUUCCCAAAUGCUUUUCUUCGGACCCAAGUUUUCUCUACUCUCGCCAACUAGAUGCAGUAUGUUUAUAUAACAGAGAAACAUCAGAAUUCAGAAGCCAAAGCGAAAAACCCAGAAAUAUGGAAGCUAUGGGUGAGAUUUUGGUAGUACCGUUCUAUGGGCAAGGUCACCUCUUCCCAUGCAUGGAGCUCUGCAAACACUUCUCCUCUCGCAAUUACAGAGCCACCCUCAUCAUCCCUUCCCACCUCUCCUCCUCCAUCCCCUCCUCCCUCCACCACCACCCUCUGGUUCAAGUCAUCGAAAUCGCCGCCUCGUCCCCACCACCAGAGAUGGAAGCUCCACCGCCGGAGACGGUGGCUGGACCCGAACCAGAUUACAGACAUGGACCGGGAGGUCCGGGACACGACCCAUUACACGGUCAUCACCAAGCCCUGGCUCAGGGAAUUAAGUCCUUCCUAUCCACCAGAAACCAAGACCCGGUUCAGAUCCGACCUUCGUGUGCCGUGAUCGACGUAAUGAUGAGUUGGAGCAAAGAAAUAUUCGCAAAAUUUGACAUUCCGGCGGUCUCUUUCUUCACAUCCGGUGCAUGUCCGUCGGCGAUGGAUUACGCGGCCUGGAAGGCUAAAGUAGCUGAUUUGAAACAGGGUGAGAUCCGAAUUCUUCCCGGGUUACCCGAAGGCAUGGCCCUGAGUUUUUCGGAUAUUCAAAGAAGGCCUCGUGGGCCACCACCGAAUGUUAAUGGCAAAGGUGGACCGCACAGACCACCGGGUGGGAUGGGACGUGGCCCACCUGGGCCGAGUGAGCUAGGUGGACCGUUUGGACCACCAGGUGGGAUGAGACGUGGCCCACCUGGACCGGGUGAGCUAGGUGGACCGUUCGGACCACCGGGUGGGAUGAGACGUGGCCCACCUGGACCGGGUGGGCAGCCUAGAUGGGUUGAUGAGGUGGAGGGUUCGAUUGCUUUAUUGAUCAACACAAAUGAAGAUUUUGAGGGUCCAUUUAUCAGUUACUUGGCUAGUCAAGUUGGUAAACCGGUUUGGGGUGUAGGACCCAUGUUACCCGAACAGUAUUGGAAAUCAGCCGGUUCUGUGAUCCAUGAUCGUGAGGUUAGGACGAAUCGCCAAUCAAAUUACACAGAAGAGGAGGUGAUCCAAUGGUUAGAUUCAAAGCCACAAGGGUCCGUGAUCUACGUGUCAUUCGGAAGUGAAGUUGGGCCCACUUUAGAAGAAUAUACCCAAUUAGCAAACGCAUUGGAAGAGAUGAACUGGCCAUUUAUAUGGGUGAUCCAACCCGGUUCAGGAAAAUCCGGUCCACCUCCCUCACUUUUCGGGGCUCAACCCGGUUCAGAUGAUAAAGGAGGAGGUUAUUACCCUCAUGGGUUGGACGGCAAGGUUGGUGAUAGGGGUUUGAUAAUACAUGGAUGGGCACCACAGCUGAUGAUACUGAGUCACCCGUCAACGGGUGGAUUUUUAUCACAUUGUGGGUGGAAUUCAACGGUAGAAGCGAUCGGGCGUGGGGUCCCACUUUUAGCGUGGCCCAUUAGAGGUGACCAAUACUACGUUGCCAAAUUGGUUGUGGGCCAUCUUAAGGUAGGUCACAUGAUAUCAACCGGUGAGGACCCAUCAGCAGUGGUCAAGAAGGACGUGAUAGAGCAAGGGAUUGAGAAGCUGAUGAAUGAUGAGGAGGUUCGGAAGAGAGCUGGUGAACUAAGGGCAAAAUUUGAGUGUGGGUUUCCAGCAAGUUCAGAGGCUGCAUUGGAUGCUUUUAAGGGGUUUAUAAGCCAAAAAAAACAGCUAUGAGCACUUUCCGUGAGAAGUAAUAGGCGCGAGAUCGGUCAGAGCCCUCGUGAUUCUAGCGGUAAAACUUUAUUGGAGUCAUCUCUAAGCUUUAUUGGAGUCAUCUCUGAGCGCUCUACUUUGCCCCGUCCUUUUUUCGGAAACAACAAAAACAGCUAUGAGCACAGAUUGAUGUUGUGUGGUCUUUUGUAUGAGUGAUGAGUUUUUACCCAUUUUUACUUAUUGUGGGUUGGGAAAAAAUGUUACAGAACUUACUAUGAUGAGUGGAUUUUAAUCUAUAUACUGCAGCUUAGACUUGCAGCAAUUCCAUUAUGUUAUGGUUUAUAAGGCUCCCCUUGCAUCGAUGUUCAAUUGAUCUUGUCGCUCGGAUAAUUCGAAUGGGA